AUGGACUAUUUCAAGAUCCACGACAAAAGCAGCAGCAGAGAAUAUGACAUUUACCCCGAAACAAGGAUCCUAGUCAAUGCAUGGGGAAUCGGAAGAGACCCCAAAAGCUGGAAGGACCCAGAGAGGUUUGAGGACUGUGAGAUUGAGUUUUAUGGGAAGCACUUUGAGCUAUUGCCAUUUGGGGGUGGCAAAAGGAUUUGCCCUGUGGCUAACAUGGGAGUCAUCACCGCAGAGUUCACAUUAGCAAACCUGGUCUGCUGUUUUGAUUGGGAACUUCCCUGUGGGAUGAAGAUAGAGGACCUUGGUCUUGAAGAAGAGCUGGGUGGCAUCACUGCUGGCAGGAAGACACCUCUUUGCCUUGUUGCUAGGAGAUGUGGUUGCAGUUGCACUGAGCCUAUGUGA